AUGUUGAAACAACCAACGGCACAAUGCUUGAAUCAUAUUGGUGCUAAUUUGACUGAUGGAAUGUAUCAAGGUGUUUAUGGUAGUUCAAAAAAACAUGAUCCUGAUCUUGAUCAAGUGAUCAAACGAGCAUUUGAAUCUGGUCUUGACAAAAUUAUAAUCACUGCUGGCACUCAUCAUGAAACGAUUCAAGCAUUAGAAUUAUGUUCUAAAUAUGAAAAUUUAUAUACAACUUGUGGUUAUCAUCCUACACGAUGUAGUGAAUUUAAUGAAUCGAAUGAAAAUGAAAUUCUUCAGCAAAUAAUUGAAUUAUGUCAGAUAAAUUCGAAUAAAAUUGUUGCGAUUGGUGAAUUCGGAUUGGAUUAUGAACGAACUCAAUUUUGUGGUAUUGAACAGCAGAAACAUUAUUUUGAAUUUCAGUUGAAGAAUUUAAUAUCAUUAGAGAAACCAUUAUUUCUUCAUAAUCGAGCUGCAUCACAAGAUCUCUAUGAUAUUUUAUCUAAAUAUAGAGAUCAAAUAAAACUGGGUGGAGUGAUUCAUUCGUUUGAUGGUACUCUUGAUGAAGCAUUGCAAUUUAUUCAACUGGGUUAUUUUAUUGGAUUAAAUGGAUGUUCAAUGAAAACUCAAGCUAAUCUAGAUGUUAUAAAACAAUUACCAUUGGAUAAACUUCUUGUUGAAACAGACGCUCCCUGGUGCGGUAUUAAAGCAUCGCAUGCAUGUUAUUCGCAUACUAAAACACACUUUACAACGGAAACAGUUAAAAAAGAAAAAUGGAUCUCAGGUAAAAUGGUAAAAGAUCGAAAUGAGCCAUGCACGAUUAUUCAAAUAUGCGAAGUACUUCAUUCGAUUCGUGGUAAUCAAGAGUCACUUGAGGAAUUAUGUGAAAAAAUUUAUUUAAAUACAAAACGAUUAUUUUUUUCUUAA